CACAGAGUACCUACGUACCUAUCUAUCUAUUCUUCUCGGGAAUAGUUUAUAUAUGUAGUUACUUAAUAGUAUAAUGUUACAGCUUCAUACCCACUAUACCACACAUUAACAUUACUUUGUAUGUCGAAUGGAGAUAAACAUGAUUUGAUAAGGUGCUCUACUACACCUUAACCUCGCUAGUAAUAAUGCACUGGUCGUGGGGCGUUCUAUGGCUGGCGGUGCUACACGUAGCUACUUCCAAGGACUACGCCAGUGACGUCACUGUAGAGCUGUUCCAACGAUACAUCCGGAUCAACACCACCUCCAAUAAUGACCUAUCCGAAGCGGUAGAGUUCUGGAACGCUCAAGCGAAGCGUGAGGGUGUGGAGAUGACAGUACUCAACUUCACCGAAGGGUACCCCGUCAUAGUGCUGAAGUGGCCCGGCACCAACUCCUCCCUCAGCAGCAUUAUGCUCAACUCCCACAUGGAUGUUGUGUCUGCUGAUGAAGCCGAUGGUUGGACCUACCCUCCGUUUUCGGCUCAUCUCGACAAAGACGGUAUCAUCUGGGGCCGAGGCACUCAAGAUACCAAGUCUAUAUCCAUACAAUACUUCGAAGCUCUGAAAAGGUUGAAAGCAAAAAAAGUAUCUCUGCUUAGAGAUGUCUAUAUGACGCUUAUGCCUGAUGAAGAGAUCGGUGGCAAUUACGGCAUGAAGUCUUUACUCUUAAGCAAAGAAUUUACUCAGAUGAAUGUUGGUUUCGAACUUGAUGAAGGAUCAGCUAUUAAUAUGUCCGUCAUCCCUAUCUUCUACCAGGAUAAGGUGCCAUGGCAAAUCCGAGUGGAUUGCUAUGCAACGCCUGUGCACGGUUCGAUGUUUCCGCCCUUUAACGUCACUGCUCCUGGCAUAUGUCACAAUGUCGUUAACAGACUGUUAGAGUUCAGAGAAAGCCAGGACAGGAUAUACAAGAAAGUCGGACUUAUGCACGCCGGGAAAUACACAAGUGUCAAUUUGAGUAUACUGAAAAGUGGCUCCAUCAUCAAUAUUAUACCGGGCCACGUCAGUGUCUCGUUCGACAUCAGGCUGAAUACCAGAAUCAAGGAAAACCACUUCGAAACUCAGCUGAACGAAUGGAUCAAGGAAGCGGCUGCAGGUGGCAAUUUCACGUUGUUCUUCAUUCAGAAGGACAAGCAGUCACCGGCCACUAAUAUGACUAAAAGCAAUCCUUAUUGGAAUACCAUUGUUAGAGUUGCCAAGAAAUUGAAAUUGAGGUUGAUGCCUCUUGUAUCACCAGGGUCGACUGACGCUCGAUUCGUUCGACGGGCGGGUUAUCCCGCCUUCGGUUUCUCCCCCAUGCCCAAAACUGAGACACUCGUGCACUCAGUCAACGAACGACUUAGCGCAGCUACAUUCCUGAAGGGCAUAGACAUCUAUGAAGAACUGAUACAACGCCUCGCAAAUAUACCAGGACAUAAAACAUCAGCGGAUCCUAGUGUAUAUGUUUAUAAAACCAACAAGUGAUCUUCGUCAUCAAUAUCAUCGACCUACGGUUCAAAUUCAAAAUUCAAAAAUAUCUUUAUUCAGUAGGUAACAUAGUUACACUUUGAAUCGUCAAUAUUACAUAACGAACGUCUCAUCCGCCUAAAACUACUGCAGCUUCUCACAACCUGUAUAGCCGGGGAAAAGAAGCUGCAAGAAAAAUCUCGGCACAGGGCCCUAGACGUUCUUUAAAAAAAUAAAAAUACUUAAACAUAAAAUAUUGGUAUACAAUUGAGUAAUUUAGCUGCCUAAUAUCAGUUCUCAGACAGUUAAUCCCAUGCAUUCAUAUCUUCUUCUUCUAAAUAAUCAAAUUUGUUCAAACAUGCACAUAACAUAACAUAGUAUUACGCUGUUUGGGACUACGGGCGUGAGUUUAUGUAUGUAUGUAUGUAGUAUUACGCUGUUUCCUCGAAUUGGUAGGCAGAUGUACACCCACUCCUCGUCAAUUGCCAUCAAUCGGGUACAAAUUCUGGAAACCACAUAACAUCUACCUACUCCACUCAAAUUUCAUCAGUCGUCCCGUGAUCAUGGCACUUGCAACAGUGUUGAAAUAUCGGGAGUCUCAUAUCCCUGAUUAACGCGGUAAGAACCCGCUAUUAUGUGUUUUAAUCACGAUAAUGGCCCCGA